AUGCUUGAAAAGGCGGAGGCCCCGGAGCCCCGCUUCGGACACACUGUCACCAUGAUCAACUCCAGCAGGGUGCUCGUCUUCGGCGGCGCCAUUGGCGAUACCCUCCACUAUAGCUUUUCGAAUGACCUCUUCAUGCGCAGCAUUCCUGCCCGCCAGUGGCGCAGGGUCGAGACUACUGGAGUCAAGCCGUCCCCUCGCGCAGCCCACACCAUGAUCUCGGUCGACCCUCAGCACUUCCUGGUUUACGGCGGAGCAACCGGGCGUCUAGUCUGACCAGUUGGAGAGAUGGCGCCUGACGAGAUCAACAUGCUGGAGCUGGAGGACGACACUCGCGGCAGGUGGACAACCCACAAGGUGGCCGGACGAGGACCCGGCCGCCGCUACGGCCACACCAUGACCUUCAGCAAGCCCUACGCAGUUCUGUUCGGCGGCAACCGGUUCAAAAUGCAGGAUGGCCGAGAAGUGCAAGAAGUCAGUAACGACACCUGGAUCCUCAGGACCGGGGAGCGAGUCUUCACUUGGAUCCAGUUUAGGGGAGAGCCGUCCCCCCGGGUGUAUCACAGCUCUGCGAUCUGUGAGUCUGGACCCGCCAAUGGCAUGAUCGUCGUGUUCGGGGGCAGGGACAAGACCGGCAUGGCUUUGAACGACACGUGGGGGUUCAGGCGGCAUCGUAACGGCAGCUGGGACUGGACACGGCCCAGUGUCAAAGCAGGCCUGAGAAUGCCCACCGCCCGCUACCAACAUUCCAGUGUCUUUGUAGGCUCGCUGCUGAUCGUCAUCGGAGGCCGUUCAAACACCGAGCGCGAGGACGUGCUGAUGGAAGUAUACGACACAAACACCACUGACAGCACCUGGCGGCCUUUCAAGUGCGAGCGCAGGUUUCGGCAUGGCUCAUGGAUCUUCGACAAUACGAUAUUUAACUACGGAGGGUUUGAAGAGUCGAUAACUACCGCGACUGAUUCUAUCCAUGCUAUUGACCUGGAGCAGGUCUUCGAGGGGCAGGAUGACCUUAAACCGAAGCUGAAGCUAUCGCCUCCUUCGUCGCCCGGCACCCCCAAGACUCCCACUCUGAACGACCGCCAGUCCUUGCAGCCACCCGCCUCGAAAACAAUCUUCCGGAUUCGGAUCAGCGACCGGUUCAAGCUCGACCCUCAGAAGAUGGUCGAGCUGUGCGAGCAGGUCGCAUUCCUGUUCAGCAAGCAGCCGAUGGUGCUGCGGGUCAAAUCUCCUCUCAAGAUCUACGGGGAUAUCCAUGGGCAAUAUACCGAUCUAAUGGAAUUCUUUGAGAUCUACGGGUCACCGGUCUACGGCAACCGUGACGGCGACAUCGAGGGGUACGACUACAUAUUCCUGGGCGACUUCGUGGACCGCGGGGCGUACUCCCUCGAGACCGUGUGCCUGCUGUUCGCACUCAAACUGAAAUACCCGAACCAAAUCCACCUGAUCCGCGGCAACCACUAAGACCGAGGGGUGAACAACGCGUUCGGGUUCCUGGCAGAGUGCGAAGACCGGCUGGGUGAGCAGGGCACGGUCAUCUUCAAUGCCUUUAAUGAAGCUUUUGACUGGCUGCCUCUGUCGGCCAUCAUCGAGGACAAGAUCAUCUGCCUGCACGGUGGCAUCGGUAGUACUCUUAAGACCAUCAGUGACAUCGAAGGGAUCAAGAGGCCUCUUCAGGUGGUGCAUGCGGUCAGCUCGCCGGAGGAACAGCUUAUCGUGGAUAUCCUUUGGUCGGACCCUACUGAAAAUGACGCGGAGACGGGCAUCCACCCGAACAUUGUCCGGGAUCCUGACGGCACGGGCCAUAUCGUCAAGUUCGGGCCUGACGUGGUCAUUGAUUUUCUAAAGGCCAACAAGCUGAGCCACAUCAUCAGGGCGCAUGAGUGCGUGAUGGAGGGCUUCGAGCGGUUCGCGGAGGGGCGGCUCAUAACAGUGUUUUCUGCGACCGACUACUGCGGGAAGCACAAAAACGCAGGGGCGAUGUUGACCCUCAAGAAGAACCUAGAAAUCCUUCCAAAACUGAUCCGACCAAAGAACUCAGACUACACUACCUGGAUCGACGACAAGAUGCGGCCGCCCACGCCCCCCCGCUGGAAGAACACUCGCAAGUACAGCUGA